CUACUUUUUAGCCAAACAAAGAACUGAAAGGACCAGCCGAUCGACGAACGCCAACUCCCUUCUCUCAAGUGCCAGCUGCUAAUCGCCACUCGCCGACUGCCCGGCCGCCGACGCUUGGAAGCCUGCCGCCCUGCCCCGUAUCGGCUUUUCAGUCCAGCAGUCCUCGCUCCUCUGCCUUCUGGAGACGAGACUAUAUUCUGGUGUGGCCGUGCAAGUGGUGUCCUUCCGCCUUCCGGCCUACUGCAUAGUGCAUACUGCACUUCAGUCAUUCAGCGAUUCGGCUCUUUCCCUUUUCACUUUCAGUUUCAGGUUCAGAAACAUCUGCACACUCUCCUACAGUUUGGCUAUCUACCAUUUGUUUCACUGCUUGAAUCGACGUCAACAGGCAAAUGCUUCAACAAUUCACUGUUUUGACUUUCACUCCCUGGACUCAAACUGCUCUCACCGAUUCUUGCUCUGACAAAGUAGAAAUUCUCAAACCCCAGUUUGGGUCUAUAUAUCACACUGCUAUUAAGUCAAGAAGAAAGGGGAUUUUCAUUUGUCUUGAUAGGACACCCCCUCAAUAUGGAAGGCCAAAGAAACUUGGAGUUCCCCAGAAUGUAGAUUUCCCCCCGAUUCAGCCAAGGAAUAAGAAGAAGCCAUAUCCCAUACCUUUGAAGAAAAUCAUGGAGGCUGCUAAGGCUGAUAAGAAACUUGCACAGUUGGGAAUUGAGAAGCCACUUCAUCCACCCAAAAAUGGGCUGCUCGUGGACGAUUUAGUUCCAGUUGCUCAUGAAGUUCUAGAAGCUUGGAAGAUUUUGAUCAAAGGAGUGGCUCAACUCCUUCAUGUAGUCCCUGUCCAUGCUUGUAGUGAAUGCUCAGGAGUUCACAUUGCUGAAAGAGGCCAUGAGAUUCAAGAUUGUCAGGGCUCAACCAGUCCCAACCGGAGAGGCUUCCAUUCAUGGGUGAAAGGUUCCAUUAAUGAUAUUCUUAUUCCUAUUGAAUCAUACCACAUGUAUGACCCUUAUGGAAAGCGCAUUAAGCACGACACUCGGUUUAACUUCGACAGAAUCCCAGCGAUCGUUGAGCUUUGCAUCCAAGCAGGUGUUAAUUUACCAGAUUACCCUUCACGUCGCAGGACUACCCCCAUCCGCAUGAUCGGUAGGAAAUUAAUUGACGUAGGCGGAUAUGUCGAUGAGCCUGGACCCCGCGAUAUGAGCUUGCCAGUUGCGGACUUUGACACUCAUCGAGCUUUUGAAAGGUUUGGGCCUCCCAGUGAAUCUGAAGCCCUGAUGAUUGCACAUGAGACCAUCAAAGCGUACGACAAUGUCAAACGAGGGGUGAGGAAGUUGAUGAGAAAGUAUUCCGUGAAAGCGUGCGGAUAUUGCUCCGAAGUCCACGUCGGCCCUUGGGGUCACAAUGUGAAGCUAUGUGGCGCCUUCAAGCACCAAUGGAGGGAUGGGAAACACGGUUGGCAAGAUGCGACAGUGGAUGAGGUUUUCCCACCAAAUCAUUUGUGGCACGUGAGGGAGCCGAAAGGACGUCCAAUGAGGAGCGCAUUGAGGAGGUUCUACGGGAAGGCACCUGCUGUGGUUGAGCUCUGCAUGCAGGCUGGUGCGGAAGUCCCUCAAUUUUAUAAGCCGAUUAUGAGACUUGAUGUUGUCUUACCCGAUAGCGAGGAAGCAGAUCUAGUUGCCUGAAAUUUUCACACUAAAAGUACGAGUAUAUAAUACCUUGUCUAAUAUGUCAAGUAAAGAGGUUAUAUGCCCCCGCCCUUCUUUUUUUUUUUCUUUUUUUUUUUUACAUUUUGGCCUUUGAACUCGCCAGCAAUGGAUACACAAGUUGUUCAUAACAAGUUAUGACAGCUGCCCACAAUGUUUUUUGAGCAAUAUUUAUUAUACACGUAAUUCAAAAAUAAAAAUACAAGUAGUUUUCUUUCCCGCUACCU